AUGGAAAGCCGUCCUGAGUCGCCGCCACAGGGAAAGAGAGAGCACAGAAAGCAGCAAGACUCGCCAGCGAUUGCAAAGUUGAGAGCUCUCCUGGGCAAAGAGCUCAGAGUGACCAUUGGCGACGGGAGGAUAUUCCUGGGCAACUUUGCAUGCACAGACAAGGAACUCAACAUUGUAAUGACGCAAGUGUACGAGUUUCCCGUUGGAUUUCAGGAUGAUCAUCUCGUCGAGAAUGGGCGAUUUGUCGGGAUGCUUAUGUUCCCCUGGAGGCAUAUUACUGCAAUCGAAGUACACAUCCAGAGCUUGGGAGAGGAUGCAGAGAGCGACGAGUAUUCCUGA